UAUUAGACCCUUUUGAUUUGUCUAUCUUUAAGAUAUUUAGUUCUUAUUAGUAAAUUUGCCUAACGAACAACAACAAAGUUGAAUGAUUAGAGAAUAAGGUCAUUUAUGUCUACCAACCAGGGUGUGUAUUGUGUAGAAACCGGCUAAUAGUGGAAUGUCCUGGCAACAGAAAUUAACAGUUACUUUGGAGCUGUGAACGGAUUUUAAAGGUUGACAAGUUUUUUUGAAUUCGAGGGUGGGAAUAGCAAUUUAAGUACAACGUGUCGAAAGGGAAUACUGUGCAAUAAAUUAGCAGGAAGUUGAAAGGAGGUAAUAGAAAUUGCUAACAACUACGAUCGACUAGUGCGAGUGGGAGUGGCAAAUAAACUUGUGCCACAAUUUUGGAUACAGUUUGGCAAACUUAAGUUUUACGUGUACCAGCUGAAUGAGAAUCCUGAACGUAUUGUGGACGCUGCUGAAAAUGCUCUACCAACUGUUAUGGUGUUCGGCGCGACUACUUUCCCUGCUCUUUAAUAUUUUUUGGUUUGCCUGCAAUCUUGCCUCGGCCUGUAUCCCCUGGAUGACGUUGGUGUUGAUGGUCGCUUGUGUGGGUUCUAAGUUCGCUAAAUUACGUAGUCCGGAUGAAAAACGAUUGCUUAGAUUACUUGGCGGUUGUGCACCGGAAGAACUAACUUACUGGCCUAUAGCUAACCGCGGUGCGGGUUAUGAUGCUCCCGAAAACUCCAGAGCAGCAAUCAAAAAGUGUGUCGCACGUGGCUAUCGAAACAUACUGCUGGAGGCCAGUUUGACAGCGUGUGGUGAAAUAGUGAUAGUAAAUCGCACAACUUUAGAACGAGCCGGAUUGUUAGGUGGUAUUGCACAAUAUACAUUGGACGAAUUACGCAAAUUGAAUAUAACAGAGCUACAUCCUUUAGGCUCACAAUUUGAAGCUGAACAAAUACUUACGCUUAAAGAAUUAUUGCUAAUUUUGGAGGAAGAACACCGCAUAACUAUAUUUUUACACAUUUUGGACAACAGUGUACGCAUGUUGGAACAGUUGAGAGCUGCAAUCAAAUCUAAUGCACAAUUCACAUCACGCACAAUACUCAUUAGUCGUUCACCAUACGCUAUUUAUCAGUUACGUAAAUCACGACCGGAAUUGAUUUGCGGACUCUGGACGGAGAAAUCGCUUUCAUUGGCACUUUUGAAGGCGUCAACACUCAUAACAUCGAUUUAUGGCGCUUUUUUUCGUAAUAUCAUUGCGCCUGUAAUCGGAAUUAGUGUUGUUUUUGUCAACAAGGAAGAAUUCAAUCUUCACAUUGCUGAGUUAUGGCGGAACGUAGGUGUUCGUCCACUAGUAUAUAAUGUAAAUUCACCCAACGAGAAACGCUAUUUUCAAAAGACGAUGAAAACCCAAUAUUUAACCGAUUCUUUACGCUCUGAACCUCAUCUGCUAAUGAAAGCUUAAUUCAAAUUAUUGACUUUCCAUGUGUACAUGAAACUUUUGUACAUACAAAAGUAUUUUUAUUAUUAUUUUUCUUCAUACCUGCUUGAAGAAGUAGAGUCCACACCGUCCCUACAAUUUUAUAUUGCACCUAUAUAAAUAUUAUAAGUGUGUUUUUACAAAUACUUUGCUGCCAUCACAAAAUUGAUGCACAUAUUGACUUGGCAUUUAGAUUAGCCAUUCUUACUUAUUUCAUCAUUAAUUUUAUCAAAGUUAAUUAUUUUUAUGCUGCAAAUCCGCUUAUUUCUACAUAAAGCCAUCACAUAAGAAGCUGUAAAGUAUUGCGUACAAACUAUUUUUUUUAAUAAAACGAACGAAAAAAUAUUAAAUUAAAGAAAUAUAAUAACUGCGAAUAAUUAGCAUUAUAAACAUAAAUCCAAAUAAAUGUAGAUAUAUCGGCUUUUUUAGUUAAUAUUUGCGGUAUUUAUUUUUUUUAACGAAACUUUACGAAAUUUGUAUAUUUGAUUAUUUAAUUUUCUAUAAAUUUUAAUUUGCAAAUAUUUAUCUGUUAUCAUUUCUUUGUAACCGAUAAAACUAAGCACAAUGAUUAUUUUCUGUACUAAAUUCGUACAACAGCGGUGAUAUACCUCAUGUUUGAAGAAUCACAAUUUUAUAAUAUACGUUUUUAAUUAAUAAUUUAUUUUAUACAAUUUGCAUCCACUAUGUAUGUGUAUACCGUUUCUCAAUUACUUUUUUAUUAUAUGCAUCUGUCUGCAUAUGCAUUUAUGUAUACAUUUUUAAUUGUAAAUUGUAUUAUUUAUUUUAUUGUUUUUUCUAUUAUUAUAUUUGUUAUAUAAUUUAUAUUAGUUAAGUAUUUUUUUUUUAAUUUAGUAUUCAAUGAUUUAUGCAUAUUUUAUUUGCGACUUUUUCGAAUGCACAAAACCAACAGAAGCUUCAAAAAUAUUUUGCCACUGUUAAAUAAUUUACAUAUAUACUUUUCAUUUAUGUAUGUCUAGUUAUACCAAAAAUUUGUAUGUAAGUUCAAUCACGUGUGGUAUGUAAUUAAAUAUUUGUAUGUAAGUCCCUAUAUGUAAAAGAAGCUAUUAAGUAAUAAAGAUAAUACAUUUUUA